AUGCCGGGCUACCCACACACACCCUUCCCAUCGCGACACUACGGCGGCUACAUCAAUGUCGACGCCUCUAGGGGUCGGCGCCUCUUCUACUACUACGUGGAGUCAGAGGAUGAUUCGAGCAGUACCCCCCUGGUCUUAUGGCUCAACGGCGGUCCAGGGUGCAGCAGUUUCGAUGGCUUUGUCAAGGAGCAUGGUCCUUUCAAGGUCUCUUUCAAUGGCCGACCAGAUGCCACUGGUGAGUUGAAGCAGGACAUCAGGCUGGAUGACAACCCCUUCAGCUGGAGCAAAAGCGCGCACAUGCUGUAUGUGGAUUCCCCGGCGGGGGUAGGCAUGUCAUACUCUGACACCCGCCAGGAUUACGUGACCAACGACACAGCCACCACGGCAGACCUGCACCACUUCCUGCGCCUGUGGCUGCAAGAGUACCCGGAGCAUCGUGAGACCCCAUUCUAUGUGGCAGGCGAGUCGUAUGCAGGCGUGUUUGUCCCGCUCCUGGUCCAGGCCGUUCUCAAUGGAAAUCAGGAAUCCGGUCGGGCCCCCAUCAACAUCAAGGGAUACCUGGUGGGCAACCCGGUCGCUGACACGGAGCUGGAUGCCAACAGCGUGCCUGCAUACCUGGCCUCCCAGUCCCUGAUCAGCCAGGCCAUGUACGAGGCAGCCCUGAAGGCCUGCGACGGGGGUCGCUUCCACGGCAACCCUUCUCGGGCCUGCUCUGAGGCCCAGGACGCCAUGGAUGCUGCGGUCCGCGACAUCAACCACUACGACACCCUGGCCACUUGCUACCACGGCCGGAACCCCUACAUGGUCGGCAAGGGCCCCGAAGCGAUGGAUGCCGAGCCACAGAUGGCCGGCGUCGGGCGCAGCGCGCACAGCGCGGGGCGUUUGGCCGCUCGGCUGGAGCAGCACAUGCUGGGCCACACCCCUCGGUGCCUGGAUCAAAGGGAGAUGUGGGCCUUCUGCAACGACGAGCGCGUGCGGCACGCCAUGCACGCUGCGCCCAUCUCCCAUAUCGGCGCCUUUGACGAGUGCACCAAUGGGGACAGGAUCGAGUACACCAGCGAGCACGACAGCAUGCUCGGCGUCCACGCGGAGCUCGUGCGGCGGGGCAUGCGAGCGCUGGUGUACAGUGGCGACCACGACAUGAUCAUCCCGCACACCUCCACCGAGGCCUGGACGGCGGGGCUGGGCCUGCGGCUGGAGAGGGGCUGGGCGCCCUGGCGGGCCGACGGCGGGCAGGUGGGCGGCUUCGCGGUGCACUACCGCGGCCUGGUCUACGCCACAGUGCGCGGCGCGGGGCACGCCGUGCCCGAGUCCAGGCCGCGGGAGGCGCUGGCGCUGUUCACGCGCUUCGUGCGGGGGCGUGGGGCGCCGGCCUGA